AUGGCUCUUCCAUCUGGCUGGGCAAGUCUACGAAUCUAUCCUCCUAUCGGAUUUGCUCGUGUCGGGAACUCAACCCUCGAUGACGGUUGGUUCUAUGGGCCCGAGGUUCCUGGGUAUUUUCCAGAACCUAACAAUGGAUUCAAAGACAUCAACGGUGCGGUAAAACGACAGGCUGCAAGGUUCAGAAUUUACGCGGUCGCAAAUGAUGGUAAAGUGCUGGAAAUAAAUAAAAAGAGCGGUUGGGAUAUAGCAUGGAAGAUCCAAGUGAUGAACAAAAAGGCGUCUUGGUACACAUUCAUGGGAAAGACCCAGGAUGGUCACUUUAAGCCAGGCUAUACAACCCUGCGCAACCCGAGUGUUCAAGCAGACCUUCCCCCAGACCAGCGUGAUAAACUGAUUGUCGACAGUGGCAUCCAAAGUGUUAGUGGCUGUAACGCCAAAUCUGUCCCAUUAGCGGGAAAGUUCUACGGGUCCAAAACCGAGCCCACAGAUGUCUACCUUGGAGAGGCCAGAACAGAUGAUCAGGGCCGUCUUGUCGUCCUUGCUGGCCGCGGUCUAUCCAAGUCUAUCGCUAAGGAAGACGAUCCUUACCCAUAUAUCAUGACUGAUUUCGACUCACCUGACUGGAUCGACGACACAUGCGAUGGCUGGAUUACAGCAACUAUAACAUCCACGGCGUCGGGAAAGUCGGUCGAUGCUCAAGGGAAGGCUCGCGUCAUCGGCACAACCCCAAAGUUUGCAAACGGCAUAUAUGCACCAACAUCUCUUUAUGAUUUGAUGGAAGAAGUGUACGAGCGCAAGAAACGCGCUGCUCAAGGUGACUCUUAUAACGUUGGGGAUGUAAGUUGGUACAAACACAUAUGGCCCCUUCUCCAACGACCACCUCUUCUCUCCUGGGUAAACGGACAAGCAAAUGGCGGGCACGGCCCGAAUUCUGCAGGGAAUUUCUUCGAUGAAGGAUGGCAACAUUCCCUCUCUGACAAGAGCAAAGUAAAUGAAGCUAUUCGCAAAGGUGUAAUUAUGCGGAUGCGACUUCCUGAGACCAACAAGAAGUACGACUCAGCCCGCGCAGGGCAGGCAUACCCAUACUUUAUGCCAUGGCUUUCGGGUGAUGGAGGUCGAACAACUGCUGGUGAUCCCUCCACGUUCGCAUCCGUUACCGAGUUGCAAUAUGAUCGCUUGAUACAAUGGAGUGAAGGGAGCUUCGAUACGACCGCUGUUAAAACGUAUCAGAAUUUCGAUGAUAUUCCCGUCGAGGAGCAACCUUCAGCGCUCACGAAGGCUGCUUUGGAGGCUACUAUUGGCGCUCCUUUGUAUCCUGGUAUAGAAAUGUCCUGGAAUGCGGAGGACGACAAGAUUUAUGACUUUAACACACCGUUUACUAUUAAGCCAGAAGUUAAUGCAGGGGAUCUGACUCGUUUUCUUUCCUUACCGUGGCAGAGUGACUUCUACAUGUGUCGAUCUUAUUGGUGGCCAUCUGCUCGACCGGAUACUGUCGUUACUGAAGAAGAUUACAACAUAGUUUCCCAGUCGGUGACCCCAGCCAAUAUCGCAAAGAAAUUAAACGACAGGAAACCCUGGGAGCGUGGUCUUCAUCAAAACUACACGGACGUCUAUUCAGACCAACCUCUUUUUGCCAAUACUGAUAUGGCUAAAAACUGGCACAAGCUUGGUUUCAUUGUCCAGCGUCCAUCAUUCGGCCCUGAACCCAUAUUCGUUGAAACUCAGCGCGGCAUAAUUCAUCGGCCGGGAAAAGAAACGUUACCUGCGCAACACACUCCUGCAAAGAGUGGUAUCGUUGGAGGCCCAUUGAAACUUCCACAGCCUGACAGUAAAAACCAACCCAUCACGACCAUCGAAAGCCUCCGUACCCAUCUGCAGACAGCUAUGGCCAUUGAGCUGGCCACUAUUCCCCUUUAUCUAUUUGGAAUGUACAGCGUUAAGAUUCCUGAUGAGUACGCGAAUGAUCCUCGCUACUACGACCCUGUUAUCGGUGCUAUUCGAGGCGUUGUUGCUGAGGAAAUGCUUCAUUUAAGCCUGGCUGGAAAUGUUCUUCUAGCCGUUGGAGGCAAUCCAAAGCUUUACGACCCACGAUAUAUACCCUCCUAUCCCACGUUCAUGCCUGGCCGCGUUCCAAAAUUAUGGCUCCAGCUCCGUAAGGCAUCUAAGGCUAACAUCCAGACUUUCAUCGAUGUGGAAAAACGAGAGAAAACUGAUACCCCACCGGAAUCGGACGAGUACGAGACACUCGGUCAAUUCUAUGAUGCCAUUAAAAUAGGGUUGAAGUAUUUGAGUAGUCAGAACCAUAAGCUAUUCUACCCUGAGACCGCCGCAUUCCAGUUUGCCCCGGGCCUUGGAUAUCAAGCCAAAGAGCGCGAUGCAGGCGGCUCGGUCGUUGUGACGGAUCUUGAUACUGCAUUGGAAGCUCUCAGCAUAAUUGUUGUGCAAGGAGAGGGUUCCCCGGGUCCCUAUGACGAUCCAGACAAGCUUGAGAAAGACCACUACGACGUCUUUAUGGAUUUGCGAUUCGGGCCUGCUCAAUGGGAGGUUUACCCUGUCGUCGAGAAUCCUGUUACUCCAGACUACUUCAAAAUUGAUCGCAGACUCUACCAGGUCUCGUUGACGUUUGACGCUGCAUACUGCUUCCUCCUUCGUACUAUCGAAACGCUCUGGCAUGUCGAGAAAUACAGCAACCGUCAGAACCUGGUUCUCAAGAAUAUGUAUGGUAUUAUGAUGGGUGUAUUGGCUCCUCUCGCAAAGUUCCUUGUAUCACAGCCUAUCAGCAAUACCGAAAGAGCGGCUCCGUGCUUUGGUUACUACGAAUUUAAACAAGGAAUUUCCGAGCUCAAGCAAGUUCAGGACGAAAUGGCUGCGGCCAUCAACGCAUACGUCUCGGUAACAAAGGAGACUCCAGACCAGGUCGCCGUUCACGGCUACAGUGCCAUGUUGGAGACCUUACUUCCGAUUCAAACCACGAUCAACAACCUUGUCGACAUUAACAGCUUUGAGAAACUCGACGUCGGCCCCACAAAGAAAUUCAAAUUACCAGGCGUUGAGAAUCGGGGUGCCAAAGGGUUUGCAAAGGGAGCUUAA